AUGGAAAAGCUGAAUCAUCUCGUUGUCACAUAUUUAGUUGGCAUUUGCAAUUGUCGUCCACAUACAUUUAAGACAGCCAGUACAGCAUUCAAGUAUGAAACAGAUGUGAAAAACUCUGUGAACCCACUCCCGGAUUAUAGACCUGGGAUACUCGUGUUCAAGGCACAGAAUUGUCCAGAAAAUGAAAGUAGUUGGUUAGCUGCCGCCAAACGACUAAACUGUUCUAUUGGUAACGACACAUCAGCGAACCACUAUUACUGUCUGUCGUCAGCUAAGAGGGAUAUGGUUGUGGAAUUUUGCUAUGAUAGAAUAAGCCCAAGGACAGAGCCUGGGAACUGCUUAGAGUUAGGUGGCGAAGGAUAUCUAAACUAUGUAAACUGUUCUGCAUUCAUAGUAGGAUGUCCAAGUGAUUCUUACCUCAGUGAAAAAAUCUACCUAUAUCAAGCUUGUUUGAAGAUAGAUCCAAAUAAAAGGUGCUUUCUAGAGGAUAAAUUCUGCAAGCCUACUUCAACCACUUCCACAACAGAGGGAGCAACAGAUAGCAAUGAAUCUCUUCACAAUUUUACAACAGAGACUCCAAUAAGUAAUAUCAACCUUGAAACUGUAAUAGCCGUCACAAUAGGCGUGCUUAUGGCACCUUUACUGCUUGGUAUUUUAGGGCUGUACUUCUGUCUCAAAAGAAGACGGCAAAGUAAGAGAAGACAGCAAAGAGCAGAACAAAAUAGCAGUGUACCAACAAAUUCAUCCGACUCUUCCGAUUCAUUGCAAAGUGAUUCAACUGUCGAAAAACACACAGUUAAUACCAUGGUGGAUUCCUAUACAAAAAAUGAAUUGACACUCGAUGAAAGUGAAAAGAAAUUGGACUCUUUUGAAAACGAGUACUCCAUUAACCUCCAACAAAACGUCAAUAAAGAAAGUGAAAUACAGGAUAUAGAAAUAGAUGGUGAGGAUGAAACUUUUCCAAGUGAUCCUUUAAUCAAAAAUGAUAUCCAUUCUUCAGAUUUAGAACAUUCAUCAAUCACAGUGAACAAUGACAUCGCUGUUUUAGAAGCAAUAUUUGGUGACAGCGUAUGUUUCAAUGGUUGUGUAAAAACGAAACAAAGAAUACUGAGAAUUGAUUGGCAAAAACAAUCCUUAAAUGGUACCUUGCAGUUUGAAACAAUUUUGAUUGACAAUCUGAAGUUCUUGGAUAGCAGCGUCAAUCCUGAAAACCCCCGCCUUUUGCUCAAAGAGAUAGAUUACGCAGAUGGAUCAACAUAUAGGGCUAUUUGCCAUUUUGAUGGAGGACAAAUUGCAAGCAAUGAAGUAAAAGUUCUAGUUCGUGGAGAUAAACCAAAAGUUAAGCUAACUUGCGAGAAAAUGAAAGCUGAUAUAAACACUGAGAUAGCAAUCUACGCUGACGUCAGUUCAGUCCCCUCACCCUCAUCAGUAACCUGGCAGUACUGUAAGGAAGAAAAUGGCACUUUCAAGGACAUCAGUGCUAGCGAAGAAAGAUAUCGAAUAUCGAAGGACAAAAAGCAUGAAUUUGUUAUUUACCAAACAAAUGUGACGGACAGUGGUUUUUACCGUUUGAGGGCGGUUAAUGCACUUGGAGAGAGAAUUAGUAACCCAGUUUGUUUAAAAAUUAGUGAAAAAAAAUCUUUUAUCAAACUCAAUGAUCGCAUAACCCCCUACAUAGCAAUAUUUGGCGAGCGUAUUAGGCUCCAUGGACGUGUGAAAGGGAAGUAUCAGAUUGUAAGCCUAGAGUUGCAAAAAUAUUCCAGUGAUAGCGGGAAGUUUGAGACAUUUUCAACUGAUGACUCUAGAUUCCACAUCAAUAACUCUCCGCCAAAUGUUGUCCUCGACAUUGAUUCUGCAGACUACAACGAUGCUUCAUCAUACAGGCUUAUGUGCCGAUAUGACUGCUGUCAUAUUGCAAGUAAUGCAGUGGAGGUUCGCGUUCGUGGAGAAAAACCUCAUCCAAAGCUGAAAAAAAGAAAAUUCGUUGCUUGUGCAGGAGAAAAUUUUACAAUUUGGGGGGACCUGAACUCAAUUCCAUUACCAUUUCAAACAAAAUGGCAACAUUGCAAAAACGAAGUUGGAAAUUUUGAAGACAUAAUCUUGCCAAAUGAAAGAUAUAAGUUUGAAAUAGAUAAAAGACACAUUUAUUUGCAUAUAAAUCCAACAAAACCGACAGACAGUGGUUACUAUCGUUUUUUAGCAGUCAAUGUCCUUGGAAAGGGAAAAAGUAACAAAGUUCAUCUGGACGUGCAUGAAAACACUAACUCCUGGUCAAACUUCUGGAAUUUGAGCUUCUUUGCAUCUUCAAGGGAACCCAACAUUGAAAUACAAGGUAAUACCCCUGCGUGUCAAACUGGACAACCAAAUGUUGUUAGAACUGCAACGAUUAAUGUGCCAAGUCUGAGGAUAAUUGCUCAUAUUUCAUUGGCAGCAAACAACACUUUAUGGAUAAGUGAUGAUCUAAAUCAUUUCUACCAUAUCAAUAUGCAGGGUACCGUUCUUCACCAAGUGCACGUAGAGGGCAAUGGUUCCAUAACCGGCCACGUGGUAACAAAACGUGGAGACCUGGUUUAUGCCAAUAUAAAGGACAAAGUGAUUUACAAGAAAUCCAGCUGUACUUUGUCUUCUCCAUUUAUAGAAACCGGUGUCUGGAAACCAACUUGUAUUUGCUCAUCACAAAUUGAGGAGAGAAUACUCUUAGGCCUGACAAAAGACAACGAAGCAAAAAUUUCCUGGUAUGACAGUACCGAAGAUGAAAACAGAGAAGUGAAAAAUAUUAAUGGAAAAGAUCUGUUUCAACUUCCGAGUGGAAUGGUAGAAAGCAAAGAAGGAGAAUUGUACGUGAUUGAUGCAAAAGUGCGGGUCCUUGUAGGACUAAAUAAGAAGUGCCACCUCAAAUUCACUUACAGAGGACAAAACCCAAGCUCCUUCUAUCCCUCUGGAGUAUGCAUAAACAAAUAUGAUCACAUACUUGUCUCUGAUUAUAGAUCAAAUGCCAUCUGCAUUCUUAACAAAAAUGGAAAUUUUUUGAAGCUCCUGGACUUUGUUCUAGAUAAAUCAGCAUUAAUUUCUCCUCGUGCCUUGUGUACUGACGGAAAGGAAACUCUCUUUAUUGGGCAUUCUGAUCGAAAAUCAGAGGGUACGAAAAUAAACAUUUACAAAUACUUGUCUGAUGAAGCAUAAGUUAAAGUGUAAGAUAAGAUUUAUUAAUACCAAUUUGGGGGUCAUCAGGGCAUACAAGUAAAGAAAAAAAACAUACAAGAAGAAAUUCAAAAUUGAUAGUAGAGCUCUACUAACAAAAGAUUAAUGAUGAUACAGCAGUUGGGGAUAACAACAUAUAUAAUCGAUAUACUGUACAUAUAAGGCUUUGUAACUAGGACAUGUAGGACAUUGUGAAUGUAUUUUCUCAAAUAUCUCAGGGUGACUAGUUAAGAAAUGACAAUUGUUUAAUUUUAUCAAAAAUCGUUAUAUUUAAUACAUGUAUAAUAGUAUUAACUUCGAGUGUUACUUAAUGAUUUUUAUUUAUUUUUUCAAUGUGUUAUUAUUCUCUUUUUAAAUGCCUGUUUUAUGGUACCAACAUUGUGUUAAUUGUAAAUAUGUGAAUCCGGUAUUUCAUGAAUAUGCGUAAUAUUUCAUUUAGAGAGUGUCGAUAACAACAAAUGUGUAA